ACUCUACGCCCGUGCCUAUAAGUGAUACAUCAGUGCCAGUGUCCAACGCGGAAGACAGAGAAAGAUUCAGCAGCAUGGAAGCGAACGGGACGCAAGAACCACCGCCUCGCCGUAGCCUCGGCGUGGAUCAUGAAUCCCUGCAGCAGCCGCAGAGCGAUCCCAAGAGGAAGGGUGGAUGGAUCACCUUCCCUUUCCUUGGAGUGGCGAUGAUGGGGCUUGGUGUGGCGACGAGCGGCGCGUUGAACAACCUGGUGGUGUACCUGAUCAAGGAGUACAACGUGCCGAGCGUCGACGCGGCCCAGAUCUCCAACAUCGUCGCCGGCUGCCUCAGCUUGGCCCCGGUCGCCGGCGCCAUCGUCGCCGACGCCUUCUUCGGCUGCUACCCAGUCGUCGCCGUCUCCAUGGCCUUCUCCACCCUAUCCUUGGUCGUGUUCACCCUGACGGCGAGCCUGCGCGGCCUCCGUCCGGCGCCGUGCCAGCCGGGCGACGGCGCGGGGCCUUGCCAGCCGGCGUCGGCCGGGCAGAUGGCGGCGCUGUACGCCGGCGUGUUCCUGAUGUGCGUGAGCGCGGCGGGGUCGCGGUUCAACCAGGCGACCAUGGGCGCGGACCAGUUCGACGACCCGGCCGACCGCGACGUGCUCUUCAACUGGUUCUUCAUCUUCUUCUACGCCUCCUCCGUGCUGGCCUCCACGGUGAUCGUCUACGUCCAGGACACGGUGUCGUGGACGCUGGGCUUCGGCGUCUCCGGCGCCGCCAGCGUGGUGGGGCUCGCCGCGCUGCUCGCCGGCGCGCGGUACUACCGCCGGCCCGCCGUGCGGGGGAGCCCGUUCACGGGGCUCGCGAGGGUGGCCGUUGCCGCCGCCAGGAAGAGGAAGGUCAACGUGGCGACGUCAGGGGAGCUGAAGUUUUACCACGGACCACGACGGAGCGGUGACGGCGACGACAAAGCUGGUAACGGUGAGACUGACCAAGCUCCAAGCGACAGCUUCAGCUUCCUGAACCGCGCCGCACUGAUCACCGACGGCGACAUCAUCGCCGCGGACGGGUCGGUGGCGGCCCGGCCGUGGCGCGUGUGCACGGUGCAGCAGGUGGAGGACUUCAAGGCGGUGCUCCGCAUCCUGCCGAUCUGGAGCGCGACCAUCUUCCUCAGCAUCGCCAUCGGCGUGCAGAUCAACUUCACCAUCCUGCAGGCGCUGGCCAUGGACCGCGCCGCCGGCCGCUUCACCAUCCCGGCGGGCUCCAUGAUCGUCGGCUGCCUCAUCGCCGUCGUCAUCUCCCUCGGCCUCCUCGAUCGCGUGCUCCUCCCGCUCUGGCGGCGCGUCACCCGGCACGACCUGACGCCGCUGCAGCGCAUCGGCGCCGGCCACGUCGUCACCAUCGCCAGCAUGGCCGCGUCCGCCGUCAUCGAGCGGCGGCGCAUGGACACCGUGCGCGCGCACGGCGAGGAGGGCAACCCGGCGUGGGUGUCGCCGCUGUCGGCGAUGUGGCUGCUCCUGCCGUUCGCGCUGUCCGGAGCCGGCGAGGCUCUGCACUUCCCCGGGCAGGUGACGCUCUACUACCAGGAGUUUCCCCCGUCGCUCAAGAACACCGCGACGGGCAUGGUCGCCAUGAUCGUCGCGCUCGGGUUCUACCUCAGCACGGCCCUCAUCGGCGUCGUUCGGCGUGCCACGGCGUGGCUGCCGGACAACAUGAACGCGUCCAGGCUGGAGAACCUCUACUGGCUGCUCACCGUGCUGGUGGCCGUCAACUUCGGGUACUACGUGUUGUGUGCCAGGUUGUACAAGUACCAGAACAUCGGAAAGUAAAACCGGGGGGGUGGUUCGUCAGGACCGGAGGCAUCACUCGCUGCAUUCUUGGGUUCUGGCCAGUGACUUGCAGCUCUAUGCAGUGUGCUUUUCGUGUGUGGUGGCUUAAGCUGUUCAGAUUUCCUCCUGUGUAAUAAGAUCUUAUGAAAGGGUCGCGUUGCUCUGCUCUACAAGAUUACUAGCCUUUUCUAAUGGUUUGCAA